AUGGCGGAGAGCGAGCCGAGUGCGGCCGAGGCGCUCAAGACGGAAGGCAACAAGCUCUUCCAGGCCGCCGGCUUGGCUGCAGCAGGCGGUGGGAGGGCGUGCCGCUACCACGAGGCAGUCGAAAAGUACAACGAUGCCAUCGAGCUCUCCUCCGAGGCGCCGGCCCGCCGCACCAUGACUCGUAUCCAGAUCCAGACUCGAUCCAGAGUGCCCGCCUACUACACCAACCGCGCCUUUUGCCACCUCAAGCUCGAGAACCACGGGCUCGCCAUCGCCGACGCGACCGUCGCCCUCGAGCUCGACCGCACCUUCGCGUACUACCGGCGCGGCUCCGCGCUGAUGGCGCUAGGCAAGUGCAAGGAGGCGCUCAAAGACUUCAAGGCGGCGCGAGAGGCGGCCGAGAGGCGGACGAGAUGCCCGCGGCUCGAGUGGCCGCUGACGCACGAGCAGGCGCUGGAGGUUGCGCAGUGGCUGAAGCGGUGCGAGAAGCUGCAUCACAAGUACGUGUUCGAGGUGCUCGAGGAGCUUCCCUCGCUGGUGGACGUGCCGAUCCCGGAGGGGUCGCACAUCAAUGAGAACCCGUACCUCUUCAACGGCGACUUUGUGGACCGCGGCUCCUUCUCGGUGGAGGUGGUGGCGCUCUACCCGAAGCACCUGCACCUGACGCGCGGGAACCACGAGACGCUCAACAUGAACAAGGUGUACGGCUUCGAGGGCGAGGUCAAGCACAAGUACUCGGCGCAGAUGUUCAACCUCUUCACCGAGGUCUUCCACGUGCUCCCGCUCGCCUACUGCCUGGGGGAGGAGGUGCUCGUCGUGCACGGCGGACUCUUCUCGCGCGACGACGUGACGCUCGACGAGAUCCGGGCCGUCGACCGCAGACGCGAGCCGCCCGACGAGGGCAUCAUGUCGGAGCUGCUCUGGUCCGACCCGCAGCCUGCGCCGGGCCGCGCGCCGAGCAAGCGGGGCGUCGGCCUCUCGUUUGGCCCCGACGUGACGGCGAACUUCCUCGAGCGGAACGGGCUCAAGCUGGUGGUCCGCUCGCACGAGGUGAAGGACGCCGGGUACGAGGUCGAGGCGGGGGGGAAGCUGGUGACGGUCUUUUCGGCGCCAAACUACUGCGACCAGAUGGGCAACAAGGGCGCGCUGCUGCGAUUCGACUCGAACUGCGACUACGUCGUGAAGCAGUUCGAGGCGGUGCCGCACCCGACGCACGUGCGAGCGAUGCAGUACGCGGGGGGGAUGGGAGGGCUGUUCGGCCUGUAG